AUGGAAAAGGUUGUCGCGCUUAAUGAGACCAUUGAAAACUCGACGAGAAUGUCAGAGCAGAAUGUAAGUGAGACAAGUAGCAAGCCAUUAUGUUUAAACAAACAGGCAGGAGAUUUUACUUUUGGUCUUGGGCCUAUGGAUCCAAUACUAGAGCCUUCCAGAACAACAGGUAAUGAACAGCUCGGGGCUGACCGUCCAGGCCCCGCAUAUCACUCGAACGCAUUUACUAAUACUGCACCAUCAACAACUGGGAUAUCAAGUUUGCCUGUAAAAGCAAAGAUACCGCCUAUUUCGCCUGGAAAGAUGAAACCAAUGUCUCCAACUUCGCAUGGCAAGGGAAUUAAGACGUCUAAUUCGCCCGGGAAGGAAAAGACAUUGCCUGCCAGCUUGCCCGAAAAAGCAAGAUACAGAGAUACUAAUAAGCUAACUGUGCCAGCGAAACAAAGUAAGAAAUCAGCGUGCAAAAGUCCAGAAUCGGCGAAAAAUCGUCCGGCCUGGCAAACAUGGGAACCGAAGGUGAAGAUAGAAACGGAAGAGACUUACAGCUUGGCCAAGUACUGGACGAACAGACACGAGGACCCCAAUAGAAAAGAGUUCAAAACCCUUCGAGAUGCAAAGAUGUAUUUCAGAAAUGUUAAGAGUGAGUACCACACAAAGACGUCUUCCCAUCAUCCUCCAGACGACUCUGUGGAUCCUAAGUACCACCAAGUCGGCACGUCUUUCAGCGACGACGCUUUCUACCACUUCGUCAACAUCAAUGAUUACGACGACACGAGGCCGGCCAGGAAAAACCUUGCAGUGAAGAUCCCAAAGCAAAAAACCCACCCCAGGCAAAGGCUCUACUCCUUGAAGAAUGGAGUCCCCCGGUACGUGCCUCGCAGCACAGAGCUAGACGAGGACGAGGUAGCAGAGCUAUGUUCAGUUAAGCACCUCAGAGAGUAUUUUAUAAAAGAAAUCGAAAGAGGAAAGAAGGUGAUACGCUGUUGUUGUGUCCCAAACUGUGUGGAUACCUUUGAGCCGUUCUACGUGGUCAAACUGGUAGGCACAGAGCAGGCUAGAGAGUGGUACAGAAAAAAUUACGUCGACGGAAGGCGUCUUUCUCAUGGAGAUCGGGAGGUUAAGGUGUAUCCGCGCAAUGAAAAAGAAGCGAGCAAAAGCUACGAGGAAGACGUUUUGAUUGAGACAAACGAGAAGAAAAAAACCAAGUGGAAGAGAUGGAGGGCGUAUGGGCGAGGUGAAAAAGCAAUGGCAUCUGACGUGAAACCAGAAGAAGAGUCAGGCAAGAGUGAGGAAACUCCCAGGAACAAAUGCGUUAUCUGUUACGAAGGCCCGAAUUAUCUAAUGCAAUGCCAGAAGUGCAAACAAUACGUAUGCACGCCUUGUCUUAAAGCACAUCUUGUGGAAAGACUCCACCAGCAAGAUGUAUCACCUCAAUGCCCGAACUGCGACCAAGAAUACGGCGCAACCUUUGUUCUACAGCACCUUGACGACAAAUCCCUCCAAGAACUCUACCUCAGCAAAUCACUCGAACUUUACCUUAUAAGAAAUAAAGAAACCCGUCGAUGCCCUGGCAGCGGUUGUAACUUUGCUGUUUUAAAUCCCGGUGGGCGGUGCCCAAUAGAGUGCCAGAACCCCGGGUGCGGGAUCAAAUUUUGUUCAGAUUGUGAGCACAAAUGGGGAGACUUGGCAAUGCUUACUCCACACGAGUGCGAAGAUAUGAUGGUUGAGGAGGACUGGUUCAAAGGUGCGGUAAAUGUCAAGCCUUGUCCCGGCUGUGGCUUCUUGAUCGAGAAACUCGAUGACGGCUCGUGUAACGAGGUCUUGUGCAAGUACUGUAGGGUGUAUUUCUGCUGGAUCUGUGGCGAGGUGAUCAAUGGUCUACAUAUCUUCACGUGUCCCUUAUAUGGUAACAAGAAGUUCGGCUUGCGCAGGCGCAUUCUCAACUACGUCGGGACCGGUGUUGGUGUGUUGGUUGGGGUCCCCGUGGUUGCCAGUCUUGUGCUAGGUGCUGGUCUGACCAUCACCGCUGGUGUCGUGACUGCCGGCGUGCUCGGAAGCCCUGCUUUACUCGCUAAGCAAGUCUAUGAGCACGAGCGUCGAUUACAGUCCUCGGCGACGCGACGUUGGCUCGCCGUCAGCGGUGGCAUAGGCCUGGGUCUCGUAGGAAUGCCAUUGUUAUCUUUGUGGGGGGUUUAUCGAGCAGCGAAAGGCCUGCGUGCCGGUUUUACGGCUCUGGAUAGAAAACUUGCGUCAUUCCUGGAAGCCGAAGAGGCAGCGGCCGAGAAGAGACGAAAACUGGGGGAAGACGAAGAUAUCCCGGAUGACGAGCCGUUGAGUUGCGAAGGAGUUCGGAUCGAAUUGAUGCUGGAUCCAAGAGAAAUCGAAAAUGUGUUCGAUAGUGAUUCAGGAAUAGUUCAAUAAAAACAGUUAUAGGCUACAUUUCCUAAAGUGUGGUAUUUAAAUAAAAAUGAUCUUAGAAUAAAGUAAUUUAAGUAAAUGA